UCAACUGCUAUCCAACAACAUAUUCUCUUCUGCUUAUUAAACUUUGUCCAAGUUACAGUCUGUUUAAAGAAGGUAAAAACUUUCAAAGAAUAUAUCGACUAUUUCCAAAACAGCUACACAACUGUGGUGCAGUGUUUCAUGGCAAAAUCCUACCCAACAAAUACACUUGUCAUAAAUGUGACUGAUGUAAAAAUAUGCUAUCUGAAGAGUGUAAAUGGUAACUCUGUGAAUCUGGAGCAAACAAGAUCAACAAGUACUCAUCAAAAAGUACUCAUAUGAUCAGAAAAGAAUUGCUAGCAACUUAAACACAUUAAAAAACAUAUAGAUCUGUAAUAUUAAUGAUUUUCCUUUUUUCAUCUGUAGGAGAGACCUGCCAAAGUCACCUCCAACAGCAUCUCCUAAGAAGUAAAGAGGAAAUACAUUACUCUUUUGUAUAACAGUUUUCCAAAAGUUAUACAACAUCCCUGCACAGCAGCCGUUGCAAUAUGUUAAUUACCCUUGGACUUCUCUUACUUCUAACCCCAUUCCCCUCCUUUCAAACCACGACCCUUGACAAAAGAGAUGCUGCAGGAAGCAGUGUGACCAAAGCCAAUACUGUUUUAACCUUCUCAAAACCAAAAACCACUGCUGCCCCUUCUAAACAGAGUUUGAACCCCACCCUAAAGCCAAACACUGUCACUGUGACAAUUUUACCCACUGCAGGCUCUAACCAAAAAUCAGCAGCCAAUGCCGCAACAACCACCAAAAGCAAACUCAGUGUUGCAGUGGUUCAGACAACUCCACCAUCACCAACAAAGGCUCCUAAAGCCACUGACAUCAACACCAACAGAGACAAACACAAAGUCAACCAGACAGCUUCAGCUAAGCUGCUGUCACUUAGUGAAGAAAAAGCCAACAAAAUCAAGCCUGAACCUACUGGAGUUCGCCAAGACCAGUCAACUAUCACAAAGCUUUCCUCAGACAGUACUUUGAAAACCAGCAGAAACAAACUUCAACAAUCUCACAAUCAAACUACAUCAUCAAAAUCUCCUUUAAGAAGUAAUGAGAAGAAUGCUGAGGACAAGUCCAAUCACAAUGUUCAUUCUGUACUUCCCAGUGGCAGUAAGCCCACCAAAGACAGGGCUGCAACUGGUAACCAGACUGUUUUUGAUAUUCCCCUCACCACCGGUGAUGAGAGGUCCAAAGACAAGUUAACUCCAAAUGUUCCGUCUUUACAUGCCAGUGGUGGCAAAUCUUCACAUGGCAAGACAACAGCCUCUGGUGACCAGACCAUUGCUCAUCACCCUAAAAGUGAUGAGAAGUCCAAAGACAAAUUAACUCAGAGCUUUCCAUCUGUAUCUACAACCAUUAAAACUACAAACGUCAAAUCUACAGUAUCUACUAAUCAGACAACUUUUGAUAAUUCUCCUCCUAGUGAUGAUAAAAAGUCUGAAGACAUGUCUGCUUCAAAUACUCUGCCUUUACCUUCCAAUGGCACUAAAACUACUAAAAAUAAGCAUAAAGAGUCUGGACAGCAAUCAGUUGUUGGUAUCCACCUUCAGAUCAAUGACGAGAAGGCCAAAGACAAGCCUGGUGAAAGAGCUGGGGGUUUCAAUAAAGACAAAGAAAUGGGCACCACAACUAUUACUCAGACUCCUUUAAUCCAAACAAUCAGCAACGACAGUGUUGGUCCUUCACAGCCCCUUAAAGUGGUCAUCAGUUUCAAUGGUGACUGGAGCCACACAAAGGAACAGGAGCUGACGUUAAAACCUGGUGCUCCACUGGUGAUGACACAUAGCAUCAACCUGCUACCUGGUGGGUGUACAGGGGGAUGUGAAGCUGAGGUGGCAGCUCUGAAAGGACGCCUGACCCGGCUGGAAAAAGAGAUGUCCCUUCUAAAGGAGAAAUGUCCAUGUUCUGCAAAUUGCCCAAACGACUGUAGUGGCAAGGGGAAAUGUGAGAAGGGGAAAUGUAUUUGCCAUAAAGGAUUUACAAGUCUUGACUGCAGUAAGUGCGCAAAAGAUGCCGAGUGCUUUAAAGACAAUAAGAAGGAUUCAAAUACAACCACUGAAUCUAUAAAUGACAAUGAAAAAGAGGCCCGUGGAGAAAAACCAGAGAUCAAAAAGCUUCCUCCAACAACAAAGGAAGAAAGACCAGGGAAAUUACCACCCCAAGAUGAUCCACGAUCAAAUAUAACACUGAAUAAUGAGAAUAAAACCAACAGCACAAAUAGCAAGAAUGAAAACAAAAACAAGCCUGUUGAGAUGCCCAACACGAACAAGAAUCAAGAAAAGAAAUCCCCUGGCAUAAACCGAAAUUCAACAAGUCCACCAACAACGGACAAAAAAGCUCUAGAGUACAAUACAACAAUUAAUCACCCCUCCAAAAAACCUGGAGGUUUAGGAUCAGUGAAGGCUGUGAAUAUCUCCACCUCUAGCUUCACUAUCACAUGGUUAGCGCCACAACGUAUGUUCAGGAAUUUCACUGUGAUCAGAAGAGAGCCUCGCACGGACAGUGACACUGAUGACACUGAGGGGCUUGGAGGGGAGAUUGUUGAAAAACACUUGACGUGUGGCACUAGAACAUCAACUGAAGUGCCCAGUCAGAGCACCAACACAACGAUCUCCUCUGGUAAAAGUGUUGAAUGUAGAAGUAAAACUGAAACUAAGAGGAUCUCAAGAGUGGUGCCUGGCAGCGCACGAUCCUUCAAGUUCAGCAAUCUCAAGGCAAACACACGUUAUGUGGUCCAUGUAUUUGGCUCUACAGCAGACAGAAGAUCCAAGAUUCACAGAGUUACAGUAACCACAGGUCCUGAGAAACCUACAGAACUGGUUUUUAGUAAUGUAACAGAGUCCUCUCUGACUGUUUCUUGGACCAAACCAAACACCAUAUUCACAGGCUUUAGAGUAACAUACAUCAACAUUGCAACAGGGAAAAGCCAGUUUGUGUCUGUGGACUCUCACCAAUCAAGUGUUGUUCUGUCUACCUUGUCUGCUGGAUCAUCUUACAUUAUCAGUGUUACCACAACCAAAAGAAACACUCAGAGUGAUGAUCUCACUUCAGUUAUCACUACAGUACCUGCUCCUCCAACACAUCUCCAAGUCAUCAAUGUGACAGAUAACACAGCUAUGCUGCGUUGGACACCCAGCCUGGGGAAAGUAGACCGUUUCAUUGUUAGCUAUGGGUCUUCCAAGACUCCAAAUGUUACAGUAACAGUGAUGCUGUCAGGAAAUUCAGUGCAGUACCAGCUGAAAGGUUUACAGAGAGGAACUCUGUAUAAGGUCAAAGUGCGGACCCAAAAGAACAACCUCCAGAGUAUGGGAAUAUCUACUUCAUUUACAACAGCAAAUGUGGUUAAGGCCAGUGAAAUUGGUGGUCGGUCUGCAGUGAUUGCCUGGAGGACUUCUGCUGUUUUUAACAGCUACAGAGUCAUCUAUCAGAUGGCAAAAGAGGAGGCAAAGGAAGUCAUCCUGGAGCCAACCAUCACAGAGUAUAAACUGACUGGCCUGAUUCCUUCAUCAUCCUACUCUGUUGUGGUACAAGGCGAGAAAAAUGGAAAGUAUACAUCACUUGUCACAUCACAGUUCAUCACUGGAAAAUUGCGCUUCCCUUUCCCUACUGAAUGCUCACAAGAAUUGCUAAAUGGAGCUCUGGAGUCAGGGGAAGUGACCAUCUACCCGCAAGGGAAAGAGGGGCGAGCAGUGAGAGUUUACUGUGACAUGGAAACAGAUGGAGGCGGAUGGACGGUUUUCCAGAGAAGGAUGAAUGGAAAAACCGAUUUCUACAGAACCUGGAGUGAAUAUAAAGUUGGCUUUGGAAACCUGAGUGAAGAGUUCUGGCUAGGAAAUGAGAUUCUGCACAACCUGACCAGUAUCGGCCCUGUGAGCUUGAGAGUGGAUUUGCAAUCUGGAAAUGACACAGCUUACGCUCGUUACGCCAACUUUUCUGUUGCUUCAGAAGGGAGAAACUAUACUCUUACUGUAUCUGGAUACACAGGAACAGCAGGUGAUUCAAUGAAGUACCAUAAUGGCCGCCCAUUCUCUACUCGAGACAAGGAACCAGACCCUCUGGGGAUCCACUGUGCCAAGGCUUAUGUGGGGGGCUGGUGGUACAAAAACUGCUAUAAAGUCAACCUCAACGGCCUUUACGGCAUGAACAGCAAUAAUCAGGGAAUUGUCUGGAUAGACUGGAAAGGCAAAGACUCGUCCAUUCCCUUCUCUGAGAUGAAGUUCAGACCUUCUCGGUUCUCCCCUGCAACUCAUGGCUAAAGAUGCUUCAAGCUCCAAGACUUGUACACAUCUGCAUCUGCAUGUCUAUUCCUACAAUAAAUUCCAUGUAGGAUUUUUUUCAGAUACUAUUGGAACACUCAGUGUAUUUGGUUCAGUUUGAAAGGUGUAUUUUUAUUUUUAUUUUUUUGAGCUAUGGAAAAUAAAAAAGAGAGUUGAUGAGUAGCUCAUUGCAUCUGAAUACUAAAGAAACCUUUUGCUUGAAUAUGAUUUUAUCUGUUUUACCUCUAAUAAAUCUCUGUGUACCACACACAUUAAUCCCACUAUUACUGUAUUAUUAUGCACUGUCAAUUGGAAUAAAUAUUGCUUAAGUGGG